CAGAGAAAUGAAUGUUGCAAGGCAUUCACGAGGACGAAAUGCUACCGUUUCUCAGAUUCUAAAUCUUUCACGUUGCUUUAAUAAAGCUUUUCUUAGCAAACAAGCCAGAAAGGAAGAAAUACCGUCUGUCGUGACGUCAUCAAACGAUGUUUUGAGUGUCAGUGAGAGAGAUUUGGGAAAGCUCUAUGUGACUCCUCGACGAGAGUUUGAGAAAAUCUUUCCUCAUGGAUUGCAGACAUCUUUUAUGAAAGAGGUGCAGUCAAGCAGCCAAGCAGGAAUUCUAGUCCGAAAGCCUGCUCUUGACAUCAUCAACCACCUGAGAAACCACAGUCAAUCCAACACUUCGCCAAUGAGAUUUAUCAUAAAUGGUCCAGAUGGAUGUGGGAAGACACUCACUUUGGCUCACAUCAUACACUACUGUUGCAAAGCCAAUUGGCUUGUAGUACAAAUCCCAUCAGUUUUCGAAUGGGUCUACAGUAGAAACAAAGUACGACACAACAUGCACGAUCACCAGACGUUCGACCAGCCACAGGAAGCUCUCGAGUGGCUUCGAAAUUUCAAAACUCUCAAUGCUUCACAUCUAACUCACUUGAAAACAACUAGUAAACACACAUGGGGAAAAGUUGAUGUCACGAAGUCUGGUCAACCCUUGGGGGUUGUUGUUGAUCAGGGUUUACAAAAGCCUAUGAAUGCGACUGAUGCGAUUAGUGUACUACUGAGAGAAAUCGCCAAAGUCAAAGAUCGGAAAAUUCUGUUCGCAGUCGACGAAUUCAAUGGACUAUUUGGAACAACAUCAGUCCAAGACCCAGAUAAGCAACUUGUUCACCUGAAGAGUCUAAACCUCAUUUCCCACUUCCAGCGGCUGCUUACAGACUUAUUAUCUGCCAACACUUCGGCAACAGUCGCGUCUCUCUCUAGGACAGGCAUGCUGCACACACGCAGUCGUGGAUUUGGAUUGCGGGACCUUCUACCGCACACGUGGCUGCAGCAACUCAAACCCUACGUCAACAUCCGAGUGGAAGAAUACAGUGACGAUGAGAUGACUAGCAUUCUGGAAUACUACGCCCACAUAAAGUGGCUAGUUGCAAGUCGUGACCAGAAGACGGUGACGGAGAUCCGCUUUUUGACUCAACGGAAGCCGUUCGCCGUUCAGAAAAUAUGCUCGACUUGCUAAAUAGGACGAAUAUGUAGAUCACGUGUGUUAGGGCGGGGUUGCGGUUUACCAAAUAUGGCAAUAAGAUUUGAAACUCGAAAGGCGUUGCUGUGUGUUGUUUUGUUCUCUGGAGGUGGCGGAUGUUGUGCGCUCGUUGGGUUAUGACGUGUAGUAAGUGAGACGGGCGCGGUCACAUGCCAUACAACGCCUAGCAGGCUGCAAUGUCUGCCGAGCAGCCAGCCGGUGCAUGGGCGGA